CCCCCCCCCCCCCCCCCCCGCGCCUGGCCCCCCCCCGCCGGCCGCCGCGCGCUCCGUUCGGAGAUUGUCUCGUCUGCCCCUCCUCCCUCCGUGCUGCCGUCUUUGAUUAGGUAGGUGAACUCGGUUAUCAUGGGCCUCGAGGUAGCAGGUGGCGGGGAAGCUGCAGUUAAGGGGAAGUUCUGGGGUAUAGUUGUCUGUUUUUUCUUGGGAAAUGGAAGCCUAUUUGCCUGGAACAGUAUGCUUACCAUCGAGGAUUACUAUGUCUCUCUGUUCCCGAAUUACCAUCCGACAAGAGUUCUUACACUAGUAUACCAGCCUUUUGCCUUUGGACUCACCUGCUUCUUUGCAUACUAUGAAGCAACGAUGAACACGAGGAAGAGAAAUCUAGCUGGUUUUGCACUUUUCUUCCUUAGCUCUUUCGCGUUAAUAUUGCUGGACGUUGGUACUAAAGGACAUGGUGGAAUUCCAGCAUACAUUGGUGUAUGCAUAAUCAGUGCCUUUUUUGGGACAUCUGAUGCUCUUGUUCAAGGUGGCUUGGUUGGCGACCUUUCUUUGAUGUGCCCGGAGUUCAUUCAGUCCUUCCUGUCAGGCUUGGCUGCAUCAGGAGUUAUAACAUCAGCUUUGAGACUAAUUACAAAGGCAGCUUUCGAGAACUCACAAAAUGGUCUUCGAAAUGGAGCUAUGCUAUUCUUCUCGGUAACAUGCAUGUUCGAGCUAGCUUGCCUCCUCCUAUAUGCAUUUGUCUUUCCCAAAUUACCCAUCGUGAAGUACUACCGCCAAAAGGCAGCCUCUGAAGGGAGCAAGACUGUUGGCAGCGACCUUGCUGCUGCAGGAAUCAAAACUGAUCAAGAUAGGCAGGUUGAGGAGGAUCCCCAAAAGCACGAACGUUUAAGCACCAAGGAGCUGCUGAUGCAGAAUAUUGACUAUGCUUUGGAUAUCUUCCUGAUAUACGUCUUGACUCUAUCAAUCUUCCCUGGAUUUUUAUCCGAAGAUACUGGAUCACAUGGCCUGGGAACAUGGUACGCGCUUGUGCUGAUCACGAUGUACAAUGUGCUAGAUCUGAUUGGUAGGUACCUACCACUGAUCAAAUGCCUGAAGCUGACGAACCGGAAGGGCCUGAUGGUUGCCAUCUUGGCGCGCUUCCUGUUCAUCCCUGCGUUCUACUUCACGGCCAAGUAUGGCGACCAAGGGUACAUGAUCUUCCUCACGUCCUUUCUGGGACUGACCAACGGCUACCUCACCGUGUGCGUCCUCGCCGAAGCGCCAAAUGGGUACAAGGGGCCAGAGCAGAAUGCUCUGGGGAACGUGCUCGUGGUGUGCCUCCUCGGCGGCAUAUUCUCCGGCGUCGUGCUCGACUGGAUGUGGCUGAUAGGCAAGGGCUGGUAGUCGAGCACUCUCCGCUGUUCGGUCUGCGCGAUUCGUUCGGUGUCGGGCGGGAGGCGCGCUAAUGCUGGCGGUCUUUCGCGCUCCAUAGGUAGAUAGGUGGUUGCCGAAACAAGGAUGCUGCAGUACAGUGGUGUAUUCCGAGUGGUUGUUUGUCUUCUUUCUCAAAAGAGAUUUUAAAUGUUAUGGUCUGUCCAUGUUUGUAAAUAACUUGGCCGCGACAUGCAAACAUAACAUUACUAGCUUC